GAUUUUCUGCAAUAACCAUUUUCCAAAUCAUCAUUUUCUCUUGUCAUCACUUUACUUUCCCUUCUUCUUGUUCUGCGCAUGUUUGAAUUCGACAAGAAGAAGCCGUUUCAGAGGCCGUCACUGAAGGCUAUACCUUCCAUAACAAAUAACUCAAAUGGCAAGCAUAACACAAGUCUCCUCGUCUCUUCCUCGUCUUGAGAUUCUAUACAGCAAAGAGAGAUGCGGAAACUACAUGCCUCCUUGAGCAGCCAGAAAGAAAUUAACAGUGCUCACUUCUCAGAAAUCUGUCAAAUUACAUUGUUUUUCCAGAUCUCCUUAUGAAAUUCUGUAUUUGUUUGUAUACUCAUUUCUGUUUCUUGCAUCUUAAGCCUUCUUUUUUAGGUAAGAUGUUGCAUCUAAAGAUGGAAUUUAUUGGAAACUAUUCUUCAGGUGGGUAUUGAUUCUUGAAUAAUGAUAUCUUCAACAUUGUAUGUAUGUAUCCAUGGUAUCGGGUUGAGAUACGAUUUGGAAAAUAUUAUAUAUAAUUAUCAGUUUCAAUUUUUUCUAAUAUUUGUUCACAUCCUUUAUGUAUAGGAAAUAAUAUGUACGGUCAGUCAGAACUGUUU